GUGAUUGUCAUCACGUUUGCCAGCUUUUCGCAGUUUGUGAUCUACGUUUGGAUAAAUAUCUGCAAUUCCUAGUCUUUUUGCUGCGCUCGGCUGUUUUAUAAACGCCGAUGGAGGAUCGACAGACGCAACAAAUAGCAAAACACGUCGGAUUUUAAUGGUGCAGAGGAGCUUUAUGUUGCUUCUAGAAUGGCUUACUCUAUGGGACAUAGCCAGGAAAAUACACUCCCAGGAGGGAGAGAUGAUGAGCUAUUUUUUGUUGGGGUGUCAGGUGUCUCAAAGCAGGCUUCCCCUCCGAGCUUCAGAGCUCCACCCUGGUCAAAACCCGAAGAAGACAGAAGGCCUGUCAGAAUCCGUCCACCUAGCCCCAGGGCUCCGCAACCAAGGACGGCAGGCCGCAGUCUCUCAUGCGAACCCCCUCCCAAGCCCAUCAUUCAGAGGCGGACACAGUCCCUGCCGUCCCCUUCGGAAAGGAGGAGGCUCAGCCGCAGAAUCGGGGUCCGAUUUGUGGACUCGUUAGGGAUGGACCUGGAGAAUGUGAAGGUUUUCAAAAGGGGAGAGGACCCGUUCGUGCCAGAACAUGUUCUCUUCAGACUUCUGAUGAAUGCAGAGCUGGCAGCCAGCAAAGGCCUGGAGAUAUCCCUCCCUUACUUGAAACCCGUGUUCUCAGAUCAACCAGGCGACUGUCCGAGCUUUCUGGAACGUCUGUGCCGCCAGAAAGUGUGUCUGGAACAUGUUUUGUGCUAUGAGCCAGGCAUUAUCGGUAUCGUCCAGGUCCUAAACUUGGCUUUUGAAAAAGAGGUUAGCGUGCGCUACUCUUUCACAAACUGGAAGAGCUGCACGGAAACAAAGGCCUACUGGGUUGCUAAUAAACAAAUGGAAGGCCAUUCCAGUGGAUACAGCUGUGACACUUUUCGCUUCCAUCUUCCGGUUCCUCCCUUUAUCCUUCAUCCAGGGGCAGUCUUGGAGUUCGCAAUCUGUUAUAAAGUGCUGAACACUCAGUUCUGGGACAACAACGAGGGGCAGAAUUACAAGUUAGUCUGCCAGAGCUACAACCUUCCUGUUCCAAAGGAAAUCGAAGACAGCAUGAUACACUUCAUCUGAACUCUCUACGUCAGUGUAUAUAUUCCUACUUGGGUAUAGGCUACUUUACCUAGCACUGAAUAACAGUAUUAAAGUAGGGCCUAACAGUGAGUUGACACAGCUCUACUUUUAGCCUGUUCACUACAGUGUCUGACAAUUUGGUUCUUAAUUGAGUCAGUUCUCAGUUAUCUGAAAAUAAAUAACACAGAAUACGCCUACUUUCAGAAUACACCGAUCAGGCAUAACAUAAUGACCACCUCCUUGUUUCUACGCUCAUUGUCCAUUUUAUC